UUAAUAUCGACGGACGGCAUCACGCAUGCGUGGCCUGCAAUUCCCGGCCAUCAAAGCCUAAGGUGCAGCCUCCGAGGCUGUACCACUUUUUAGAGAUCUUUAUUGGGUCCUGGUUGUGCGUACUUCUGGGUUAGGCCUCAGAAAAUUCAACAUGAGGCAGUUUAAAACAAGUUUGUGGGUGGUAACCGUUGGAUCAAUUUUAAUCACAUUGAUAAUUUACCACCUUUACAAAGCACCAUAUUCGACCUCAAAGUUCACUACGGAACUGCACAUGAUCGCUGAUAAAAAUCAACCAGUGCCAAUGAACCACAUGCCAUUAGACGAACUAUACAAAUUUGAAAAUGAGUCGGAUUAUUCUAUGGAGGAGGACAAUACCAACCCCCAUAUGCUAUGGACGCCUGGAUGUAAAAUUCCCCUCAUGAUGGUAUCGUACAAGAAAAGAGAACGAAAAGCAAAACCUGAUGUUUGCGGAAAACGAUUGGUCUUUUUGACAAGAAUAGAUUCCGACAAAAUACGGGUUUUGAUUAAAGAUGAUGUUUUAAAAAAGAAUUCAAGCUACAAAAACCAUAUAUGUUGCUUACGAUUCUAUAUCAAGGGAGUUGAUGAUAGCGAAGAUAGUGAUGAGUAUUCCAGCUGUAACACAUGUGAAAAUGGAGACACUUUUCUGCUACAAAGCGACUUCGCAAACGUUCAAUGCUUUGGUUACGAUAGUGAAAACGAAUCUCAUGUGAUUUAUGACGAUGUGUACGCUUUCUGCAAGAAGAAGAGACCCCAGCUGAAAAAGAAAUGUGACACGCGAUUCAACAUACUAAUGAUAGGAAUGGAUUCAAUGUCUCUACCCCGAUUUGCUCAGACCAUGACAGAAACACUCAACUUCAUGAAAAGUAACUUCUGGUUAAGCUACAGGGGAUAUCACAAGGUUGAUGAUAACACAUUCCCAAACUUAAUGGCGAUAUUGACUGGUCUAAAGUUUCAAGUAUUUUCGGACAAGUGUCAGGGACAAAUGGACCCCUGCAAUGAUCUACUACUUUGGAGCUCAUUCAAACGUCUCGGAUAUGUGACAGCUUACGGGGAAGAUUACGUAUCUCUGCCGGAUACAUUCAGCAAGAACUAUACAUUAACAAUUAAACCCACUGACCACUACAUGCAACCUUUCUUCAAAAUGGCCGAAAAAACCAAAAUUUGCGAUGGAACACCAUACUUAUGUUCAGGAAAAGUUACAUCUGGACAACAGUUACUCGAUUAUGCCUACGACUUCGCUAUGACCUACAGAGAUGAUCCGUUUUUCGGAUUGUUUUGGAUGAACUCAUUUAGUCACAACCCAUCAAAUCACCCAGAAGACGUCGACAAGAUCUACGAAAAUUUCUUGAACCGUCUCUUCUACACUGGCGUCCUGAAAAACACAUUCGUUAUAUUUGUCAGUGACCACGGAGUACGAUUUGGAAAGGAUCGUUUGAAUGUAGAGGGCUAUUACGAUGACCGCAUGCCCUUACUAUUCAUCUUGCCUCCCACAUUAUUUAAAUCCAGAUAUCCCGAGAAAUACAAGUCAAUGAUUGUGAAUCAAUUUAGAUUGGUCACCCCAUAUGACGUUCACAAAACGAUGUUGGAGAUAUAUGUAAUAUCUAAAUGUAGCUCCAAGACAGAUUAUACAGAAACCAUGACCAAAAAAUUUAACAAUCACGAAAGUCUUUUCAACAUAGUUCCCGGAAAUCGUACUUGUCAGGACGUACUAAUUGGUGAGAAGUGGUGCAGUUGUCACAAACUGUAUCCCCUCGCAGAGCACGACACUAACGGCCUCAAAGUUGUUCACUUUGUUAUGGAUCACAUCCAGAACAAAACUGACACAAUUGUGACCAAACCAUGCACAAGCUGCAUGAAGACCAGCCUGGAGAGUGUUGAACGAGUACACUUCUAUUAUGAUGAUGAGAAAGUCAACGUAUAUUACGUAAUUUCAAUUAAAAUGACUCCAGGAGAGAUGGUUUAUGAGGCAAAAGUAUUGCGUCGCGGUCUUGAAAUGGAACUUGUGGGUUCUAUUAACAUUAUAUCGGGUUACAAGGGCCUCGGAUCCUGUACUAUCAGUAACAAUUAUAAAGAUCGUAUUUUCUGUGUAUGUCAUAAUGAUUGUUAGAUGUAAUCGUCCUUGAAAAUACCUCUUACGUAGUUUUUAUCUGUAUACCUGGAUCUUUUAAAUUAUUUACAUUUUUAUAUGUUUAGUUAAUACUCUCGAUUAUUUUCACGAAAUUUAAUUUCGUUUGUCUGUGAUAUUUUUAGGUAUUUUUAUUGAUUGAUAUUACUAAUUCUAAGAUUUGUAUGUUUGAAAUGUCCAUCUUGCAUUUAUUUUUAUAAGAGUAUUUCCUAUUUAUCUACUUACUUCUAGAAUUAGGAAUUAUAUUAUCGUAAUGAACUUAUAAAUGUGAAUUAGUAAAUGUUUAAAUCAAAUCUUUCUGAUCUAAUAA